CGCAAGAGACGUAUGCGUGUGUUGUGAAUUUUUAUUUGCAGAAGAAUUUUGUUAUUUUUUUGUAUUACGGUGUUACAAUAAAUAUGAAUAUAAGGUUCUUCGAAAGAUUUUUGUACUUAGUGUUUAUUAGUUUUACUAUGUAGGCGCCGCGUGUGCAUUUAAUUAAUUGUUAGUAAUCUACAACCUACUUUGUUCCUGUUGACCUGCCUCAUUUGACUGUGAUUUUUUAAAAGGUUUUAAUCGUUCUAUCAGCAUCUGCCUUUGCAUCUUCACUGCCAACACAAAUUCCGCCCUCCAGCGCCCUUAAUGUAGCCAUGCUAGACACAAUUCAAUCUAACUUUAUCAAAAACACUGAAGAACCGUGCAAGGUAGUGGAGUGGUGGCGCUUGUGACGACAUCGGAAGAAAGGGGACGCGAUGAGUCAGUCGCAAGAUGAGGCCAGAGCGGCCAGGAUACAAAAGUAUAAGGAAGAAAGAAGAAAACAACUCACAGCUAGGACAGCGACGCUAUUCUCUGCUAAUGUUACUGAAAGACGCCCGAGAAAAGCAGCUGACCGGUGCCAGUCUGAUGAUACCGCUGAUCAUCUUAAGUCUUCCUCAGAACUGAAUCUUAACACCGCUUCAGCAUCAGUCCCUAUUAGAACAACUAGAACAUCACGCUUAAGAGCCGCUGCCUCAGCGCAUUCCGAUUCUUCUCCAUCAUCUAGAAAAUCUAAUAGAAGCGCCUCAGUUCAAUCAUUGUCAGAAGAAGGCAAGAAUAAAUUAACUAAAAUCUCUAAGAUAGUAGAUAGAGACAAACGAUCGAGCAUAAAUAAAAGACAAAGUAACGAAAAAGAAAAUUUGAAGAGUACACUGCCGGCGGGUUACUCUGAUAAAGAUAUUGGUGCUAUUAAAACGAAAUCUAAACAUUCCACUAAUAAAACUAUUUUAGAAAAAGACAAACGUAAUUAUUUAGUGAGUAGCCCUAAAGGAAAGAAUGUCGGUGAUAAAAUUAGUUCCAGUUCCAAAUUAGAAGAAAGAAAUAAUAGUAAUUCCUUAGUAGAAAAAAAGAAAUUAGAUAGUUUAAAAAAUGGAGAGAAAAAUGAAGCCCCUCUAAAAGUAAACGAAGAACAAAUUUUUAAUGACUUACUAGGUUAUCCAAGCGUUUCUGAAAAUUUGGAAAAGGAUAAUAUAGAUGACUUAUUUAAUGACCUCGUUGAAGUGACAUCGCAGAAGAAAGUUAAUGAUGAUAAACUAGUGCUCAAUUAUAGUCACAAAGAUUCAAACAUUCCUGUUCUACAAGAAGCAGCCUCGUUGAAUAAAGUUGUUAAUGUUGUGAAUGUUGAGGAUAGUGGUGAAGUAGUGCCAAAAUUAGUGAAAAGUCAGGAAGUCGGAGGAUUAUUGGGAGCAGUGUGUGUACGUAAAGUAGAAAGGUUCAGUGAACUCCUCAGUAAUUUAUGUUCUCCUUGUGAAGCUGAUGUCUUGUUCGAGGACAUUUUAGUUGAGAACGGGAUUAAUGGAAAUUUGCGUGACCCGGAAUGUACUCCGCCGUGUCGCCGCGCGCAACCUACCCGAACCACCAGCACCCCAAAACGCGGGCAAGCGCAGACCACCGCUGUCAACAACGAAGCAACUGGAAAUACCGCAAGAACAAAAAAUCGUCGAUCCCUUGAAUCACACACAUCACUCCCUAAGACUGAAAACUCACUGCCGUCUUCCAGAGUAUCUCCUAAAAACACUUUUAAUUUACCAUUUGGAAUUAAAUCGCCGCUUCUCAAAUCUUCAACAACUAAUACUGUAAUUUCAAAGACUAAUGAGAGACGGCGUAGUUCCGAGAAUGCUGCUAAACCUAGUUGUAUACCUUUAUCUAAGAAAACUAUAGAAAAAUCCAUUCGCACUUCUGUAUCUCCUAAUAAACAAGAUACAGUAACCACUCAAAAACCUGAUAGUAAAUUGAAAACUGAAUAUAAUAGAGGCAAGUCUAUACGUAGAAGCCCAGAAAAGGCUAAAAGUGACACCGAGAAUACUAGUAACGAUAGAAGACAUCGAGCUCAAAAAGAUAGUGAAAGUCUUAGUGAAAAAUAUCAUUAUUCAAAGAAAAGACUGACUAGUUUAGAAAAUAAUUCUCCAAGAGACAAGAAUGACACUAGGAACUCACCAUCCAAAAAUGUAUUAAAACAAAAUUCACAUGUGAAUCUUAAAACUGAUGCUAGCGCAAAAUUAGAAGAAACUAAAGACGCGGGAAAAAUGUCUACUCUUCAUGAAACUCUUAGACCUCAUACAAGUAAUUCUAGACUUUCUCAAGAGAUGGACAGUUUAGCUGCGUUGACUAAACAAACUUUAGAUAGGGUAAACAAAUUGUCAAAUAAUUUAAAUAGUAAUAAGUUAAAUUUAGAUGCGUCUGAGCCAAGUUUUGACUCUUUAUUUGCACCAAACUCUGAUCAAAAAAAUAACCACAAUAUUAAUUAUGGUCUCAAUAAUGAAAGACCGAUUCAGAACAGAGGAGUAUCCGAAAGAUUGCAGGAUAUAGACAGGGCAGCUCAGAGACUAAUUGACUUUGAAAAGCAAAGUGCAAUGUUUUCUGAUCUCAGUGAUGAUACGUCUAGUCAAAAUCGCCGUCUCGAUAAUUCGUUGACGUCCUGUAGUCAUACACCUGUUUCUAUAUUAAAGAGAAAGUCUAUAAAUGAAGAAAAUGCUAUAUCUACAGCAAAUCAAGCCAUAGCUUCACCUCCAGUAACAUUUUCCCCAAGCGUUAUCGAACCUCGUAGCUGUCGGUUUGAGAAUAGACAGCGUCAGGGUAUACUAAAGAAACGUCGUAGCUUAGAUGAAUCUCAAGUUGCUAGAAGGAGGUCAUGUAGCCCUGAAGUUUCAUUUGCAGAUGACGGAUCACUAGAUACAAAUAAACCAAUAUUAAAAAAUAGAAGAUCAUCCUUAGAGGAUGUUGUAAGAAAUAGAUCGCCCGAUGGUCAUAUUCAGGGCAUAUUAAAAAGAAAAAUGAGUAGGGAAGAAGAUCAUACAAUUGAAGAUAUAUCGCACGGCUCGCCAGAACCUCAUGGUAUUUUAAAACGUAAAUCCAAUUCUAGCUCGAGUAGUAGCACCACUUCAUCUCACGUCUCCAUCGCGCAAGCAGUUCUCUUAGCAGCCGCUGGUGGAGCUGAAAUUGUUGACGAUGACAAAGAAAUUGUGAGACCAAUCCUUAAGAAAAAAAGUUUUUCUGAAGAAAGACCAUCUCUUGAUGUUUUACCGUCUGAUACACCGAAACCAAUUUUAAAGAAAAAGUCUACAGAGCAUGAUGAUCAUGAAUUUGAUCUUCCUAAGAAACCUAUUUUAAAAUCAUCUAAAAAGCUGUCUGGUGAUGAAGGGCAUGCUUCUAGUUUCGAUUUGAGCGAAGACGACAGAAGCUCUCGAAGACCUUCACUCCUUAGGUCCCGGACAUCCGAUCAAUCCGGAUCAGAAUGCGAGGCGACAGUUAAGCCUAUUUUAAAGCAAAGAGGUUCGAGUCUCACUAGGGAACGUAGCCAAUCCCCGCGCCCACGACUCUCGUUUUGUGCGGACAACGAUACAAACAUUAGUGUGACGAAUUUCAGUUGCGACGCGAACGACUUGUUGGCGGCUGGACCGCGACGAGUACUGAAUAUCGCGCACGAACCGGAAGAAAGCUAUCCAAGCGCUGUUCUUAGGAGAAGGAAUCUCCGACCAAAAUCGAAUCCGCGAUCUAAAAGUUUAGCAUGUGAUGUGAAUGACGAAUUACUUUCGAUACUAAAUAAUAGAAGAAUAAAAGUAGACGAAAAUUGCGAAAAUGGAUAUUGUGAAACGUGGGAGCUGAAAAAUUCUGUGGAUACAGAGGACAAUAAUACAGUUAAAACAUUUCCAUCAAUUGCAGCUCGAAUAAAAAGUAUGGAACAAGCGCUUACUGAUGUAAAAGGAAGAGACAUGCCAUCAACGUCGAAAUCUAAAAUUCGUGAUAAAGAGCGGUUUAAAACUCAACCUAUCACAAUUGAAGAAAUGCGUUCUGUUACUUCAAGUUUGGAGCCGGGCCAAGUGAGUUUCCAAGCGUUCGGCCCUGCUGGCUGUAGUUUUCCGAGUCGUCCCGUCGAGUCCAGUGUUGCUCCCUCUGACAGGGGCCCCUUUUCGGGGAAACCCGAGAGAGAUCCCUUUGCAGACUUCGCAAAGACGUUAGACUCACCUCCGUUUGGCGCCAAUUCUUUCACUAUUAAAACCCCAAUUGUGAAUGGGAUCCAGAACGGUCCCCAUGUCAAGGACGACAGCUUCGGCGAAGCAACUUUUCUAGAUUUUGAAAAAGAUAAAAAUCAAGCAACGUUAGACGAAAUAGAGCAAGAAGUAAACAAAGUACGCGUUGCAUUGGAUGAAGAUUGUCGCGCUCUAGAUGAAGACGAAAGACAACAAGCCGAAGCAGAUAACUGGAGUUUAAAUGUGUCCUGUGAUAGCGGAGUGUAUAAUCGUGCUUCAUCCAGAGAUUCUGGCCCUCAUUCCGGUGAAGAAUUAGGCUUGAUAGAGAGCCAAGAAAUCAGAGACAAUCAAGCUACAAACAGCAGUAGCAACGAGUGGUCGUCAUCUUCUAUAGAAAGAGGUCUUCUCAAAAUGAAUCGAGUGAGAAAGCCUUCAGAAACCGAAGUGGUGAGGAGCCCUGAAGACCUGGGAAGCGAUGAUGAUGGAAAUACCGAAAAUAGUGGCUUCGCAUUAGGUUUGGUGAAGAGUAACAGUGUCGUCGCAAGAGCGAGUAUGUGGCAGCAGUUACAGCAGCAAGCUAAAGGUACACCAAAGCCGCUGAUUCGUCAUAGUCGUUCCAAAAACAAAGAUGCACCAUCAGUCGCAGAUCGUUUUAAGACCCAGCCCAUUUCUUUCUCAUCGUCUGAUCCCACUGAGCCUUCCAAAGAAGGGUUCUCUCUCGCCCAGUCCAAGAGCACUGCCAAUGUUUUGGACAGGGAUGAAGAUGCUAAACUAGACGAGGACGACCCCGCGAAACUUUCCAUUAUGGAGAAAAUGAAGAUGUUUAACGCGAAGUUAACUCAUAAACCUCCCGUGGCCGGGUUGCCUCGACCCAAAGAGGAAAGAGUACCAAGAACGUCCAGACUCAGAACCAUGCCUGUAUUAGCUAGUCAAGUACAAGAGGCUAUGGAACAGAAUGAGAGACUCACUAAAUCUCUGACCCACGAAGAAGUGCCACGUAACCCCGAUUUCCAGCUGAAAAUGGAACUAUUCCGUUCUGCGAGCGCGAAGAAUACCUCUCUAGAGUAUCUGAUGAGGCAGAACGCAAAGUUUAGAAGCUUAGACCUCGACGACGAUUCGCCGUCAGAGCGAGCACAGAGGAUGAUCACGCCCGAAGUACGUGGUAUAUUGAAAUCGGGGACCACUGUUGUGCCAACCAAGCCGAAGACCCUGGCGAAGGGCGAGAGCUCUGAGGGCCUUAAAGAUGAGGGCAUCGACAGCUCAUCUGACGACGAAUCUGCUUCUGCAUCCAGUGUGUCGUCAUCAGAGAAGAGCUGCUCCUCUUCAGACAGUUCCGAUGAGAUUCCAGGACCGAAACCUAGAAGGUUCCAACGUAAAAGCAACAAGCUAAAGUCUUCAAGAACCGAUUCAGACCUAACAAGACUACAAGAUCGUUACCCUGGCAAGAUACAGUUACCAGGAGCGAACGAGUUAAAGGAACGUUUGAAUCAAGUGAAGAAUCCAGAAAUGAAGCCGCUACUCGCAAAGCUGGGAAGGAAACCAUCUGAAGAGGCGAAGAAAGAAGACGACAGUACUAGAUAUAGAAGAUUUGUGAAGAAACUUGAUGAACCUAUACAGCUAGGAAAGUUAAGGAGGCCAGCAGAUAAAACGCCUCCUCCACCGCCUCAGAUAGAAGAGAAACCACCGCAAGUACUUAAAAUAUCGGCGAUAAAUCAAGCGGCUAAGAAUAAAUUCUUUGGUAUAGAAACACCUCCCAAAAAGGAAAGAGACAUUGAUGAGUUAACGGCGGCUGUUAGGAAAUAUAUUCCACCUGUAAGCAAGUCGAUAUCGACGCAUAUGCUGGGGAUGGUAGCUGGCCCUGGUAUAGUGGGGGGUGCUGCCGGUUCUGGCAGCGACGGCGAGAGCAGCGGCGGCCGCGAAGUUCGGCACAUCACCUCGCACGCGCGUCCACGUCACAGGUUAGUGUGCAUUCGCCCUAAUUGAACUUUGCUGUAUCUG